AUGCUUCCCACCAAGACUCUGCUUACCGCCCUCCUCAUCGCCGGGAGCGCCUUUGCUCUCCCUGAGACAGCGUCCAGCGGCGCCGUUGAAAACGUUGCACGCGAGGCUGCUCCACUCGCCGAGGCCGUCCCUCAACCUGCUACUCUGGACAAACGGGCGUGCAGGUGCGUCCGAGUCUCUAAUCCAGGCCUCUACUGUGGAUACUGCUACAGUGGCACCAUUGUCACCUCUGGACGUAUCAACAACCAUGUGUACUGGUGCAACACCGCUGGAGGCUGUGAUGAUCUUGGCGUUAGAAACAGUUGCACUGCCAGGGAUGGACCGUGUGAUGGCAGGGAUAGCGGCUAA